UGAAAAUGAUUAAGUAGCCGUUUGAUUAGCGCCUCCUACUUUCAAAUUCAAAUCUUAUCCCCUCUUUUAAUAAUCUCACAUUCACACUCACAUCUCCCAAAAAAACACACAAACCACAAACAAACCUCACACAUUCAUUCACCGUUCACCAAUGCCAACGCCUCGGUGCCCAGUCGCCGGAGACCAUAAGCUCCGGCCAAAGUCCGGCAGAACACCUCUCCAGCAGCUCAACUCUCCGGCGAAUCAUGUCACCGACUCCUCUUCACACACCAAGCCAGCAAAGCAAACUCAGAUCGAGAUCUGCAUCGCCGACCAGUCAAACAAAGAGAACAUCCUCCACCGUCCGACUCAGAUCGAAUCUCUGGACGCGUCGCUCGCGGAGGAGCUGAGCGCGAUCAGGAAGAAGAUGGAGAGGCUGAGGUCGGACGGAGAGAGAACGGAGAAGAUGCUGAGAGAGAGGGACUUGAUGUUGGAGAUGAAGAUGAAGGAGGUCGAAGAGAGAGGAGAGAUUCAGAAGAGCCUCGAAAUCGAGCUCGAUAGAUUGUACAGAUUGAAGCAACUCCAAUCUCAAUCUGUGAGAGUUUCUACGAUUCGAUCUCUAAGAGAGAAGGAACAAGUAAAGAAGAGUAGUGAAAGGCAAUCACCUCCAAAUUCGGAAAUGACUGUGGAGGAUAGAGAGGAAUCAGAAUUUGGUGAUGAAAGCAUAAUACAGAGUCCGGGUUCAGCUUCGUCAGCAAUUAUAAUAGAGAAAUGAAAGUUUCUCUAUAAAAUUAGGCUUUUAAUUUUUGGUUUUUUUUUUUUUUUCAAUGAUUUCUUUUACGGUUCACUUUUACUUGGAAAAUGAUCAUUUCCCUCGUUGUAGAAUUUGAAGAAACUUUAGAAAGGAAAAAAAAAGUAAGAAUAUAAUAUUUCAUUGUUUAUCAGCUUGUACUGUCACUAUUUUGUAAUAGAUUGAGCUCCAAUUUUGAGAC